AUGGCACCUACUUUGAACGUUACUCAUAUCGGCACUGCCACCGCCAUCUUGGAGAUCAACGGCGUCAAUUUCCUGACCGAUCCCUUCUUCUCACCGGCGGGAUCUUCGUGGUCCAACGAAGUAGCAACCCUAACCGUGUCCGACGAUCCUGCUCUAAAACUCGAUCAACUGCCGGUCAUUGAUGCAGUGCUGCUGAGUCACGAGGAUCACUACGAUAACCUGGACGAUCUCGGCCGUCAACUUUUGGACGGACGCCACGUCUUCACAACCAUGGAUGGAGCGCAGAAACUGGCUCCACGACCGGCAGUUCGAGGCAUGAAGCCCUGGGAAAAGAUCGAGGUGAUCAUUGCUGGAAAGAGAUUCACUAUCGUUGCGACUCCGACUCGGCACAUCCCCGGGAACGAAUGUACCGGGUUCAUUAUUACGGGGGAAGACUUUGGAACUGGUCGCGACGGUCUACCCAAUGCGAUUUACUUUACCGGCGACACUGUUUACUUUGAGGAGCUCAACAAGAUUGGGAAUCAGUACCAUGUGCAGGCGGCCGUGAUGAAUUUGGGUAAUGCGCAUGCGCCCAACUUUGCUGAUCUGAGUGCACCCCCGAUGCAAAUCACGAUGGAUGGCAAGUCGGCGGCUAAAUUGUGCCGUGAGAUUCGAGCCGAUGUUUUGAUUCCCAUGCACUACGAGUCGUGGACUCAUUUCACUCAGUUUGGAGCUGAGUUGCGAGAGGUCUUUGCCGACGAAGGGAUCAGUGACAAGAUCCGUUGGCUCAAGGGUGGAGUGAAGAUUCCUAUCUUCUGA